AUGAUCAGUCGGCUCACUGAUCCUCGGCUUUUCAAGUCUAUUCUUGCCGGAUUUGUGAGCUUUACUGUUGCGCUUCUCAUUUUCUUCAACAUUAAUGCAAUCCUCAACCCCCGCGCAUCAUAUCCGGCAUCACUGAAAAAGGCACCUACCAUAUUAUCUACCAGCUCUGCAACUGAGGAGAUGCCCGGGGCCAACGAGCGUUGUAGUCAACUUCCAGGAGCCGAUGAUGUCCUGGUGGUUGUCAAGACAGGAGCAACUGCGUUGCGUGAGAGAUUGCCAGUGCAUUUCCAAACUACUCUGCAAUGUAUUCCGCACUACGUGAUCUUCUCAGACAUGGAAGAAGAAUUUCAGGGCCAUCACAUACAUGAUGUCCUGUCUGGAGUUAGUGCGCGAAUGAAGGAAUGCGCGCCUGAAUUCAAGUUCUAUCGCGACUUGCACGAGAACCACGAUCGCGUGACUGAAUUCAUGAGAAAGAAUGCGCAUUUUCAACAAGACGCCUGGCAUCUCGAUAAAUGGAAGUUCGUCCCCCUUGUGGAAAGAGCUUUGCUGGCCAAACCGGACGCAAAAUGGUUUAUUUUCAUCGAGGCAGACACUUUCUUGGUCUGGUCUAACCUCCUCAAAUGGUUAGCACAGCUAGAAUGGACAAGGCCUUACUUCUUAGGAUUGCCAGUGACGAUGGAGGGCCAACUUUUUGCAUAUGGCGGGGCAGGAUGGCUGUUAUCACGACCAGCUAUACAGAGAAUGACCCAACACAUGGCUUCCCAGAAUGACAAUUACGAAGAGUUCACAAAUAAAACGUCAUAUGGGGACUUGAUUCUUGGUCAUGUACUUGAACAGGCCGGCAUUGGACUUACUGGGGGGUGGCCUCUUAUCCAACGAGAAACACCCAGUACGAUGGAGCACACUGAAGACCUAUGGUGUUAUCCUAUUGUGACAUUCCAUCACAUUGAUGCGCCUGAUAUAAAAUCAAUCUGGCAUCUUGAGCAGAACUGGAUAGCAGAUGCGCUUACACCGCUGCUCCACUUUGACAUCUUCAACAAUCUCAUAAAUCCUCUCCUCUCUACCAAAAUUGAUGACUGGGAUAACUUCUCUGACGGCGAGGAGAAAGCACUUACUGCGGAUGAAGGGUUCGAGGAUUGCAAGCGAAUCUGUGAGGCGGAUGUACAAUGCAUGCAGUUCCGCUUCACACCAAGGAAAUGUACAAUUUCCCAUUCGAUUAUUCUUGGAUGGAAGGCAGAUUCGUCGAUGAACAGCAUCUCGGGCUGGAUGAUUGAAAGAAUCUCCCGGGCCAAAGCAAGCGUUCAAUGCCAACGGGAAAGGUGGAUAUCGACAGACUAA